AUGAUCAGGGAGCGCAUGGGCAAUUGUCAGACACAGCACGAGAAGGAAAUAAUCCGAGCGCACCAGGCACAGGUCGAAUGCCUUCUUGUCGAGGUCGAGAAGCGCAAUUCUCGCCAGGCCAUUAUCUGCAAGAAACUGGCCGAGAUCCGCAACGAGUGCCUCAACCUGUCGAAGCAGUUGAGAGCCGUUUACGCCGGGCGCGAGGAGCUCGCUCGAUCAUCAACUUCCCAGUCGCUUCUCGAUGCCAGCACCAGAAAGGCAAGGACAGCCGCAGCUUAA